GCGUGACCUGCUGUCAGCCUCCACAGCUGCACCUCGUCACCUGAUUAACAUUUUGAAUCAGCAUCAGAAACACAACAGGCAGUGCGCUGCUCUACUAUCGGUGGGCGGAGUCUGCAGGGAGGGGGCCUGGCCGGAGCUUUUAAUACAGAUGCGCUCCUCCGAGCGCCCUGCGUUCAGCGGCGAGCGGACACGGCAGAGCCGGGGAGAGACACGCAACACAGCACCAUGACUGCACCCAGCAACACCUAUGAUGUUAUCGUGAUCGGCGGAGGCAUAUCAGGGUUAAGUGCCGCCAAGUUGUUGAAAGCCCAAGGACUGAGCCCUGUAGUGUUGGAGGCCAGGGAUCGUGUCGGUGGUCGCACCUUCACUGUGCGGAAUAAGGAGACAAAGUGGGUUGAUCUGGGCGGGGCUUACAUUGGACCGACUCAGAACCGCAUCCUCCGAUUGGCCAGAGAAUACAACAUAAAAACCUACAAAGUCAACGAGCAGGAGAACCUGGUGCAUUAUGUCAAUGGAAAGUCUUACCCAUUCAAAGGCUCCUUCCCUCCCAUGUGGAACCCCAUCGUCCUGCUGGACUUCAACAACCUGUGGAGGACAAUGGACGAGAUGGGCAAGGAGAUUCCCAGAGAGGCUCCCUGGAGAGCUCCUCACGCUGAGGAGUGGGACAAGAUGACCAUGCAGGAGCUGUUUGAAAAAAUCUGCUGGACCAGUACUGUUCGUCGCUUCGCCACGCUGUUUGUCAAUGUGAACGUGACCUCUGAACCCCAUGAGGUGUCGGCUCUGUGGUUCCUCUGGUAUGUGAAGCAGUGCGGAGGAACCAUGAGGAUCUUCUCCACUACUAACGGAGGACAGGAGAGGAAGUUUGUAGGCGGCUCCAGUCAGAUCAGUGAGUGCAUGGCCAACGAGCUGGGCGACCGGGUGAAGCUGCAGUCUCCAGUCUACAGGAUCAACCAGACCGGGGACAUGGUGGUGGUGGAGACGCUGGACAAACAGACUUACAUGGCCAAGUAUGUGAUCGUGGCAACUCCUCCUGGUAUGAAUCUGAAGAUGCACUUUAACCCAGAGCUGCCGCCGCUGAGGAAUCAGCUGAUCGCCCGUGUCCCCAUGGGCUCCGUCAUCAAGUGCAUGGUUUACUACAGGGAUAACUUCUGGAGGAAAAAGGGUUACUGUGGCAGUAUGGUGAUUGAGGAGGAAGGCGCUCCCAUCGGCCUGACGCUGGAUGACACAAAGCCUGAUGGGACUGUACCUGCUAUUAUGGGAUUCAUCCUUGCCCGCAAGUGCAGAAAACUUUCAGGCCUGACCAAAGAAGAGAGACUGAGGAGAAUCUGUGAGAUUUAUUCCAGAGUGCUGGGCUCAGAGGAGGCUCUGCACCCAGUGCACUAUGAGGAGAAGAACUGGUGUGAGGAGGAGUACUCUGGGGGCUGCUACACUGCCUAUUUCCCUCCAGGAAUCCUUACCCAGUAUGGCAGGGUGCUGAGGGAGCCAGUUGGCAGGUUGUAUUUCGCAGGCACAGAGACAGCCACAGAAUGGAGUGGAUACAUGGAGGGGGCAGUACAGGCUGGAGAGAGGGCAGCCAGAGAGAUCAUGUGUGCAAUGGGUAAAAUCCCCCAGAGUCAGAUCUGGCAGUCAGAGCCUCCGUGUUUGGAGGUUCCAGCUCUUCCCUUUGUCACCACCUUCUGGGAGAGGAAUCUGCCUUCAGUCGGUGGGCUCCUCAAGUUCAUGGGCUUCUCCACCUUCCUGUCUGUUGCCACUGCAGCCGGCUUAGUGGCCUACAAGAAGGGCCUCCUCCCCCGAAGUUAAACCGCCCACACCAAUCACCUCACUCCUCUGCAUCUCAAGGGGGAUGCAUCUCAAUAGACACUGUACUCAUGUGCACUACUUUAUGUUCCAGGCUACAAAGUAGUGAACUAUAUAGGGUAUAGGAUGUUUUUUGAGAAACACCCUGCUGUAACAAAGACUGUUCAGCUCAUGCAAAACACUAAUGCACCGUCACUCUGUGCACAAAAGAAAGAGAGAGCGAGACGAAUAGUAAUGAGCUGAUUAAUCAUAAAGAGAUGCUAGUGUGAGAGGAAUGAAGAAUUAACUUCAUCUUAAAUCUACUUCAGAUUCAACUUUGAAACCAAUGAAGGAAAAAGAUCAGAAUCAACUCAAAUAAUAUAUCACUAUUAACACUCCACACAUUGCCAAUGACAUUCACAUUCUUGAUGACAUGAGAGUUUUUUAACUCAUCAUGCUUACUGUGUGUGUGUAUAGGCUUUGUUUCUAUGCAUGCACACAUGCUUUGGUGAGCAUGCACUUGUGAGUGUGUGUUUGUCAUUUGUGUACAAAGUGCGAGUGUAUGUGUGUGUGUGUGUGUCUCCACUGUGUCUAAUUACCUCUGCUGAUUUUAGGUGCUGAUUUAUUCUGGCCAAGCAGCUGUAGCUGUUUGAUGAGAUCCUGUAACAUCAGAAUAGAACAGAGUUGUGCCAUUGCCCAUUACAAAAUCACAGAGGAGGCUCAGAGAUAAAGCUGGUGAUAUUCUAUGUUUUUUAUUUUGUCAACUAAUCCCAUGAAAAGAUAAAAUCCGACAAUGAAUUGAUUCUUUUACCAGGUGUUGUCUGUGCAGAUGAAGCCUCAUCUAGCUGUGCCGCAGAGCUCCUGUGAGAGCUACUGAAGACACAUCAGAGAGUCACAACGUUGCACUGGGUGACAUGUUUUUUCACUACGACGAACAUGAGCACCACUGUGUAUUUUCCUUCAGUCCCGCAUACACAGUCCUGCUGUGGUGAAUACUCACUACCAGUAUACCAAAUGUGUAUUACUCCACUGCAUAAAAUACUCCCCAGCUGCAGUGCCUGGUUGUUUUUUGUGGUUUGGCAACCUGUUUAUUUCCCCCAGUAGCCAAAGUGGCUUAUGCAGUUUUUUGAAUUUCUAAGCUUUAUGUGAAAGCCCACGCUCUGACUGGUCCCAAAGCUCUCCAGGAAUUCCAGCUCUUUGUUUUAUUUUUCUCCAGUUUUCCUUCUUUACUCUUGGUUUCUCUGUAUGAGGAUGAAGUGGAGUCAUCCGCCCUCCAGAUAAGCUCAAAUCUGCUCAAGCUGAAACAUUUUCAACUCGUGCAGACGUUGACUCAGUUUUAUUUAUAUAUCCAAGAACCACAAAUUUGCCUCAAAGGGCUUUUCAACUUAUACAACAUGAGCCAAACUUGACUGUAGUUUAUUGAAAUCAAUCCAACAACACUGCUCUUGUGCCAGAUAUUACUCACUAACAUCCACGGUUAAAAAUAGUCCCUACUCCUGUUUGAGUAACAUUCACUAAAUAGGACAGAGCACAACUGCUUAAGGAAAUUACUGACCGUACUAUAUAUUUGUGAGCCGUUUUUAAAGAUGUACAUCCUCUCCUCUCCUUUAUAGAAAGACCCAUUCAUCAUCAGCUUUUAUGUGAUGUGUUGACAUUAAAAACAGAAUAAUACCAGCUUUAUCCUUCAAAUUAAACCCUGUAUUUAGUGGUAAUGUAGUGCUACGAAGCUGCUCUGUUUGGUUAUCUUUUAUUAAAUGUAAUGGAAGCAUUCGAAUGUAUUUUCUUCAGACUAGAUAAUACAAACUAUUUGUUGCUGUUUUAUGAAUAUCUGAUUUUUGACAAAUAUGUUUCACCUUUUUUCUCAUUUAUAGUAGUACUGUGGUUAACCAAAACCAACAUAGUAUGUUUCCUAAAAAACUGACGUGAGUGUUGGAUUCUGUUGAUUUACACUGUUGCACCUAAUAGAUGCUUCAUUGUUUUAUUUACACUUUAGAGAAUCCAAUGAGUUCAAAUCUUAUAUCAUCUCAAAUCAUAUCUUUGCUGAAAAGAACAGAAAAUCGCCUCCUCUUUAACUUCCGACAACAGAUGAAUAAAUGAAGCAUUGUUCUCAGAAAGAUUAUACAGACAUUUGGAGAAAUAAAUCUCACGCUUAACACUUAAAAAACAUAGCAAACAACUUGCAUGAAAUACAAAUUUUUGACCACAAUGAAAGCAAUGAACUUUGACGUUAGCAACCAUUCGUCAGAGUAGGACUCGUGUUUUUUCGUAACGUGAUGGAAAUCUGAUUCGGGAGGUAGAUUUGAAGGAAACCAAUCAACACAUGACUGAAUCUAAAAGAGUUCUUCUGUUCGUGCAUCUGUUCUGAAGGUCACUGUGCUGUGUGUGCAGCUCUGUACGCUCACUGAGAGAAUCACACUGUUCUUGUCCCAAAGACUGGUAUGUGCAUGUGUGUGUGUGUGUGCAUGUGUGUGUGUGUGUGUGUGUGUGUGCAUCUGUGUGUAGUUAUCUGUUGUGCCUUAAUGGAAGUCGUAGUGUUUUUUGUUUGUCAUUUCUCUCAAGUGCCUGUGUGACUCUGACACUCUCUGCCCUUUGCUCCCCUCCUCCCCCUCCCGCCUGCACUGGAGGUGAGAUGAGAGGUCAGAUGGACCAGGUCGUUGGUUUAAGCCGUCACCGCUAACUAUCAAUACACAGGGAUCAGCAAAACAGCAACACCUUGUCCCUCUCGGCAUGUCAUUUUUAAAUCCCCCCUGUAUUACCUGAGUUAUAUCCUCAGUAUAAACUUGACUCAGGUAAAGCCGGGUGUAGAAACAGUGUCACCUUUGAAUAAUAGAGCUCAGACUGUUGGGUUUAUAAAACUGCUUAUCUCCAGUGAAGCCAAGUCAGUGUGUGUUUGUAUCGUGGUUGCAGUGCUUCACUCUGUGUCUCUGCUUGUUGUGAUGCCUUCAUGUCUCUGUAGCUGCUUAACUUCACCCUGUUCGCACUGACCCCGCCCCCCAACCUUUACCCCCAUGACUACCACUGGUUUUGCUCUCUCCCAGGUCGACUUUAGAAAUAAGGAUCGGGCAAUGAUACCGCUCACAUUUUAACCCAUCUCUGAAAGUGUUCAUGUUUACGGCUGUCUUACAUAAGUGAAAAAAAAAAAGAAAGCCAGCACACUCUGUCCGUCCUUCGUAACUACAGUAUGAGCACCAAACCAUCAGCAGACAUAAUGUGUGGUUACUCAUUAUCUGACCCUUCUUCACUGUUUUCUGGAGACCUGAGACUGUCCCUCCGUCCCUCUGUGCACAUGAGCCUCCUUAAUUAUUCCUGUGACCCGUUCUUUGAUGUCUUUGAUUCCUCAAACAAAGCUGGUGAUAUUUAAAAGACAAAAUGUGAAAUAAAUCUUUUACUCAUAUGAAAACAG